AUGUCGCAGGUCUCAGUGGCCUCGCAGCCAUCCUGGUCUUCGGUCGCUUCCGCUGCAAUGUCGGCUGCCACAGAAGCUUCCACUGGUGUAGCCGCAGUACCAGCCGCCAACCCUUACGUCGACGAACGCAAUCCCCUCAUUGCCUUGUUCGAUGGCCUGCUCAGAGUCUUGCUCGCAUCGCUCAAUCUCAUCCGUAUCCUCGCCACCUUCUUCACCAUCACGCUUCCAAGCCUCGUCUACACCAUUCUCCACUACAGUCUGACGCUUCAGCUCAACUUCCCCUCCCUCGCCCUUCUUUUUCUCACCUCGUUGGUCUCCGCAUUCAUCUGGCUACGCUAUCGCCAUCUCAACAAGUACGAGCGCCUUCGCGAGGUGCCUCUCACUCGAGAUGAAGGCUUCAACCUCAACCCUGACGUAGCAUCCGCUGGAGGUGACAACGAUCGAGGCAGCUUCCACAACUACCUCGACGACUUUCUCCAGGCCAUUCGCAUCUUUGGGUUUCUCGAAAAGCCCGUCUUUCACGAGCUUGCGCGCCAUCUGCAAACACGUCGACUCGUUGCUGGUGACAGCCUCUCGCUCGACACCGACUUUUCCUUUUACAUUGUCAUCGAUGGCCAUGUUCAAGUAUACGCCCCCUUGCCCUCGGCCACCGCCAGUGCAGUCGGCCUGGACGCGGUGGAAGACGAAGACGACAGCGGAUAUCAACUGCUCAACGAGGUCGAGAGCGGCGGCACCCUCAGCAGUCUCUUCACCAUCCUCAGCCUCUUUACCGAAGAUGUCAAGCUCUCCUUUGGAAGCGACGACGACUCUCAUCUCGCCAAUGUCGCCAUGGACCGUCAGUACAGCUUUAGCAACUUUAGCACCGCUGCUCCCUAUACUGUACGCAGCAGCAACGCCACCGCCCCUACCUCGCCCUAUGCCUCCGCGUUCAACCCGCCAUCCCAGACCGCUGCCCAGCUUCAACUCAAUGCCGCCGCUCUUCGCAACGUGCCUGCUUCCAUUUCCACCGAAGGAGCCGUAGAGCGUCUCGGGAGUGCAACUGCCGCCGCCGUCCGCUCCGCGUCAAGGUCGUCUCACUCUCGCACCGCUUCCUCCGGCUCCGCUUCCAUGACCGUUCAAGACGGUGACACGAGCACCAUCAUGGACCCGCAUGAAAACUUUGACGACAGCACAACCCACUCUCUCGGCCAUGCUCCGGAUCUCCAAAUGCCUCCGGCCCAGGCCGCUGCCCCCUUUUCCCACUUUGCUCCCAGCUACCAGGCUUCCUCCGCGGGUACGCCCUUGUCUACCAUGCCGUCAUCCUCCCAGUCUCCUUUCUUUCCCGGUCGUGCUACCUCGGUUCAUGGUCUUCACGAAGGUCUUGGCGGCGGGCCCACCACCCCUGGAUCCAUUCGCAGUGCCAUGGGCAGCAGCGCUCACGGUCACUUUCCGCCGCAACCACACCACCUUCCGCGACAGGGCGCAGGCACGGUUGCGCGCGCCACCGUUGACACAACACUCGCCGUCAUCCCCGCAGAGGCCUUCAAGCGUCUCACCAAAAAGUUUCCCAACGCCGCGGCCCACAUCGUCCAAGUCAUCCUCGCUCGUCUUUCUCGCGUCACCUUCCACACUGCCCACAAGUAUCUCGGUCUCACCAAGGAGGUCAUGCGCACCGAAAAGUCCAUCAACGACCUCGCUUGCUUCCCGCUUCCCUCCGAGUUCUAUGAAAAGGGCGGUAUGGACAAGCUCCGCCACCGCUUCCUUCCUCAGCCCACGUCCAAGCGCGACUCGACCCUGGAUGACGACUAUUUCCGCAAUUUCCAACAGUGGACCUCGGCCUCGCAACGAAGCACAACGCCGGUACAGGGAUCGGCACGCGAUGUCGACGGCAUCACCAGCAGUCCCCCCAAGGUGCGCAUCGCUCCAGAGCAGCCAUCGUUCACAGCGAGUCCCAAGCAAACCAACAAAAAGAGUGCAAUGCCCCAGCGCAACACUACGGCCAAAACGCCAUGGGGUCAUCCGGACCCGCCUCUCAAAACCCCCACCGCUCGCACCACCGUCGGACCCGGCGAUCUGCUCAGUAUGGCCAGCAUGAGCCAAGAUGGAUGGCACACCAGCGGUUUCGACAUGCAUUCGGCGCAGCCCACUCCGCGUGCAAAGCCACGGUCCGUCUCCAAGCUCGAGCCUUUCCACGGCCCAUUGGCCCAUCCCAUGGACGAUUCCACCGGCGGCACCAGUCCGCGCUCUGGUGUCUCGCCCAUUCCCAGGCGCAAUGGCAGCAUGAGUGCGUCGCAGUAUGGCGAUGACCUGAAUGGCGAACGUCCCUUUUCCAACAUUGGACUUCCUCACUUUGAUAUCAAGAAUGAGGUCAUGGACUGCAUCGCAAAGAGUAUCGGUCUCGCCCAGGCCGCCACUUCGCCCAUCGCCCCCAGUUUCCAGGCGAGUCCUCACGUCAGUGCGCAGGACUCGUUGCUGCAGCGCUCCGUGUUCAAGUCGGCCUUCAGCUCGCUCAGCAUGCUCGACGCUGCCAUGGCCGAAGAAGAGUCGAGCAUCACGGGCACCAACAGCUCCAUGGCUGGACAUGGCCAAUCUGGCUUCCACCCAUCCGACUUUGAAAACGAGGUCGAAAUCAAGUUCUUCCCCGCUGGUAGUACCUUGGUCAAGGCAGGCGAGAGCCGUGCCGGGCUGUUCUACGUUAUCGAUGGCUUCUUGGACGUCUUGCUUCCCGCCGACGCCAACGAGCUCGAGGAGGAAGAUCAUCCGAACAAGAAUCGUAAAUCUGCCAGCAGCGGGCGCGGAGGCAGCAGUAGCACUGGUGCUGGCGUUAACUCUGGAGUUUCAGCCACGAGUCAGCACAAGCCUGGCUCGCAUCGCAAGGACGCGUCCUCCGCUUCACUGCGCGCUGGCAGAUAUGAGGACGACGCUCAGCGCGAUGGCGAUCCAUCACGCUCUCAACGCCGAGGCACGGACGCCGACCGCCUGAGCAGCAACGACGAGGCUGUCACGUCCUCUGCGCAUCGCGCUUCUAUGCGUCAAGGUGCCUCGACCUCCGCUUCCUACGGCACGACCAAUGGUCUGCGUAGACGGCCUACCGAGUCAGCAAAGGUGGGCAAUGCGCUGGAUGGCACAGGCGGUGCCGGUAGCAGCGGUGCGCGCAAACAAAGCCACGUCUCGAGUGGCACCGGACCCGCUUCGACGCCGCGUCAUCCUUCGGACGCGGCGCCUUCCAAGGUGCCGACUCCUGCCAAGUCGCCUUCUGCAACCCGUCCACCCUUGCACCAACAGCCUCUUCGCGGCCACUCCCCUCAACAGAACGGGCAUCGCUUCAAGGACGGCAAACGUUCCAUCUUUACUGUGGGACGUGGAGGCAUUGCAGGCUAUCUUUCGAGUCUGCUAGGAACGGCAAGUUAUGUCGACAUCACGGCCAAGACUGAUGUCUACGUCGGCUUCCUGCCCGCUCAUGCGCUUGAGCGCAUCAUGGAGCGUCGGCCCAUCGUGCUGCUCACACUUUGCAAGCGUCUGUUGAGUCUGCUGCCUCCUCUCAUCCUUCACAUCGACUCUUCGCUCGAUUGGCAGCAGGUGAAUGCUGGACAGGUCAUCUAUCGCGAAGACGAUCCGUCGGACAGCUUUUUCAUUGUCAUCAACGGACGGCUGCGAGCCAUCACCGAGAAGAGCAACGGCAUCGAGGUACACAACGAAUACGGCCAGGGUGACAGUGUGGGCGAACUCGACGUCAUCACCAACUCGCGCAGACGUACGACGCUGCAUGCCAUCCGAGACUCAGAGCUGGCCAAGAUGCCGUCGACGCUGUUCAACGCCAUUUCUGUGCGUCAUCCGGCCAUUACCAUCCAGAUUUCGAGGAUCAUCGCGCGUCGAGUGCGGGCAGAGCUCAUCCGUAGCAAGCAGGAGGGGGCUGCGCUCGGCGCGCCCAUUCCUGGUCUGCCGGAUCUCGGUAGGAACAAUCUGAACCUCAAGACGGUGGCCAUCGUUCCCGUGACGCGCCAGGUGCCCGUGAUAGAUUUCGCCGCCAAGCUACAGACUGCGUUUGACGAUACCAUUGGCGGACGCGCCAUCUUUCUGGAUCAGAGCAGCGUCAUGGGUGUGCUGGGACGCCACGCGUUUAGCCGCAUGGGUAAGCUCAAGCUGGCCGGAUGGCUGGCAGACUUGGAACAAAAGUACCGCAUGGUGGUCUACGUGGUCGACACUCCGGUCUCUUCAGCCUGGUCACAGACGUCGAUCCGGCAGGCGGAUUGCGUGCUGAUGGUGGGAUUCGGCGACGAGCCGGCGAUGGGCGAGUACGAACGGUUGCUGCUGAGUGUCAAGACGACGGCGCGUAAGGAGCUGGUGCUGCUGCAUCCCGAGCGAAGUGUUCCCCUUGGUUCGACACGAGAAUGGCUAAAGAACCGGCCGUGGGUGCAUGCUCACCAUCACGUUGAGAUGCCUGGUCUGACGGGAUCGCACGCGGCUGCGGCCAUGACGACGGGAGGUGACCCGAAAGCGGUCAAGGCGCUGCGAAACCUCAAGCAGAAGCUCGAGACUUCGCUGCAGCGAUACCGCAAGACCAAAACGCCACUGUCUGCCUCGGGACGGCCGCACCAUGCGUCCGACUUUGCAAGGCUGGCACGUCGGCUGUGCGGCAUGAGUAUUGGACUCGUUCUGGGCGGAGGAGGUGCGCGUGGCUGCGCGCAUUUGGGCGUCAUUCGUGCGCUUGAGGAGCGUGGCAUCCCUAUCGACAUGGUGGGCGGUACGUCGAUCGGAUCGCUUGUCGGCGGUCUGUAUGCGAGAGAGGCCGAGAUGGUGUCGACGUUCGGACGCGCCAAGCGGUUUGCUGGACGUAUGGCAUCUCUGUGGCGCUUUGCUUCAGAUCUCACGUAUCCGGUGGUGUCGUAUACAACAGGCCACGAAUUCAACCGUGGCGUGUUCAAAGCGAUUCAAGAGACUCAUAUCGAGGACAUGUGGAUCCCAUUCUUCUGCAACACGACCAACAUCACCUGGUCACGUAUGGAGGUGCACACGACGGGAUACGCCUGGCGCUACAUUCGCGGUUCGAUGACGCUGGCGGGUCUGAUUCCGCCGCUGGUCGACGAUGGAAACAUGCUCGUGGAUGGUGGGUAUGUCGACAAUCUGCCUGUGACGGUGAUGCUCGCUAUGGGUGCUCGUUCGGUAUUCGCGGUGGACGUUGGGUCGAUUGAUGACACGAGCCCGCGCGCGUACGGCGACACGCUGUCCGGCUGGUGGGUGUUGCUGAACCGGUGGAACCCGUGGUCGGACGCCGGCAAGAUUCCGUCGAUUCCGGACAUCCAGGGCCGCCUCACGUACGUGUCGUCGGUCAAGACGCUCGAAGAGGCCAAGAAGGUGAAAGGGUGCUUCUACAUGCGCAUGCCCGUGGAAGAAUUUGGUACCCUGGCAUUUGGUCGGUUCGACAUGAUCUACGAAAAGGGAUACAAGGCGGCUGUGGAGCUUCUGGACGGGUGGGAUGCAGAGGGCAAGCUACCGUCCGGGAUGGAGCGGGACGAGUUUGAGGAUGAUGACGAGGAUGGCGAGGAGACGGAGUACGAAGAGUAUGUCGAUGAGAAUGGGGGAGUGGGCGGACGGGUGAGAAGGGUGAGGAAGAAAAAGAGACGCACGAGGAGGAAGGCUGGCAUCAGCGCUCGUCGUAAUAGUAUCUAG